AUGACGGCCACCGAGGCGGAAGCAAGCCCCGAGGCGCGGUGGUUCACCGCCCUGAAGCUGCAGGUCGCAGAGUUUGCGGUGGCGGUGGCGCCGACAGAGCAGGAGCAGCGCGUACGAGACCGAGCCACGGAUGCUCUGCAGCGGGAGAUCCCUCGAGAGCUGGGGCACCGUGACGCCGCGGUGCUGGUGUUUGGCAGCGGCGCGAGCGGCCUGGCGGUGCACUGCUCGGACAUCGACAUCGUUGUGGCAGAUGUCGUCUACCCUGACCCUGUGGCGGGCCUGAACCCGGACGACAAGUCCUAUGCCGUGCAGUGCCUGCGACGCCUCCAGGCCUGGGGGAAGAGCUCGCGCUGCCCGCUGAUCAUCAAGUCGGACCGCCUGGUGCCCUGGGCCAGGGUGCCCAUCCUGAAGCUCACCCUGCGCAGCGGCCCCGAGGUGGACAUUUCGCUGGGCGAUCGCGGGGGACGUGCGGCGGCGGAGUUUGUGUUGUCAAUGAGCCGCUCGUAUCCGCUGCUGCGGCCGCUGGUGCUGGUCAUCAAGUCAUUGCUGCGCCUGCUGGCCCUGCACGAGGUGUUCCAUGGCGGCCUCGGCUCCUGGUCCCUCACCAACAUGGUGCUGGCACACCUCAUGGAGGACACCCGCGCACACAGCGGCCACGGCGGCGGCACAGCCGACGACGCGGCCCGCGGCGCCGCCCGCGCGCGACACGCGGGGCUGGCGCUGCUGUCGUUCCUGCGGCGUUUUGGUGGCCAGGGGUUUGACUAUGGACGCGACGCGGUGUCAGUACGGCUGGGGGGCUGUGUGCGUCGGGAGCAGCUGCAGGGGUUUUCCAACCCCAACACCUUUCUGGCGCUGGAGGACCCCCUCACAGGCCGCGAGGUCGCAGGCGGCUCCCACCGCAUGGCGGACGUCGUGGCAGCCUUUGGACGCGCGGCUGCGCGGCUCGAGGCCGACCUGCUGCGCACUGUCAGGCGCGGACAGCCGAAGAGGGCGCGCACACCGGGGCAGCGGCGGCGGCGGGAGGGCGCCCCGGAGCAGGCGCGCACGACGGGAGCGCCAUCUGCCGGGGCGGUGGAGGGCGGGGCGGCGGCCAGCGGAGCGGGGGAGCAGGCUGCUCACGGCGGCGGCGGCGAUAGCGGCGGGAGCGGCGGCGGCGGCGGCGGGGGAUUUGCCCGGGAGGGCCGGCUGCUGGCGAUGCUACGGGUCAUCACCGGCGAGACCACGUCGGGCUCUGUUGGCAGUCAAGGCCCAACCACUGCCCCAGAGCAGCAGCAGCAGCAGCAGCAGCAGCAGCAGCAGCAGCAGCAGCAACCUCGUGCCGAUGGCGCCUAG